CCUUCAACACAUCUGCACAGCGACGAACCGUCUCAACCGUCACAAUGGCAAUCUCUCCUCAAAUCUCCAACCUGGUCAUCAUCCUGGGGUUUAUGCAGAUAUCCAAGAAGAUCCCAUUCGAUGACCCGAACGUGCUGAACGGCGUGCGCGCGCUGUACAUUGUCUCCAACAUCAUCAUCGCCGCGAUCUACUUCUACGUCCAGAUGCAGAUCAACAAGAAGAAUGACAUGACCGUCGUCAAGUACGUCGAGCCCGCCCCCAUGGGCUCCGGCGAGGAGCCCAAGUUCGUCGCAACCACCGUCAAAGCCUACGACCUGCAGCAGCUGCGCGCCCUCUUCAAGGGCCAGAUGAUGGGCGUCGGCAUGAUGGCCGUCAUGCACCUCUACAUGAAGUACACCAACCCGCUGCUCAUCCAGUCCAUCAUCCCCCUCAAGGGCGCCUUCGAGGGCAACCUCGUCAAGGUUCACCUCUUUGGCCAGCCUGCGACCGGCGAGCUUGCUAGGCCCUGGAAGGCGGCUGGUGGCUUCAUGGGUGCGAUGCAGGGCGGUGAGAUUAAGACGGAUAAGAAAAGCAUCGAGGCUGCUGAGCGUGCUGGUCGUGGUGGUGUCAAGGAUGAGUGAGCGCUGCGCUUGUUCUGAGCAUACGGCAUACUUUGGUGGUUGAGGAGUCACCAUGGCUUGCAUUCAUGCGGCAUAACGCGUCUGCGGACUGAUUGAUUGUACAAUAUUGGAAAAUUCAUCAUGUUACAUUCAUCACUAAGCCCCCACCUUCGACCAUUCUUCCUCGAACCGAGUAGUCUUUUACCCGGCCGUAGCUGCUUUCUCCACGAUCUUCGCCCUCUCUUCCCUCUCUUCCCUCUUUUCCUCCUCCCCCUCCCCC